CACAUAUACACGUUUCCUUCUUGCGCGGCCAAUGUGUGUAACCUUCCGCGCACUAACCGUGGACACUGAUGCCUUCAUAGCUAGAUACCACUCGCCAGUUUGAGCUGCUGCAACCCUAGCAUGUGUAUAACAGUUAUUCAUUAAGCAACAUGUAGGGAUGCGAGAGCAUAAGGCGAUGAGCGUCUAAGACCCAAAGUGCGUUUAGCUCAGCUUUACAUCAAAUAGCUACAAUAAUUACAUUUUACUGCCAAUUGGCAGACUUAUAUGUAUUAAAGUCCGAAAUAUGAGGUUUCGGCGUUAAGCGUUUACAACAACCAAGCAAUGGCAGCUGUGGACACAAGGCGGUGGACUCAACCGGGCAUACCUGUUGGAAAUGGAAGCGGCAUGUCGUCAAGUCCCGCUCAGUACGGGUCCGGGGCUCCGCAGCGGCUUUUGUCCGCAAGCCUCAUGGGUCCUCCAGGCUACGGCCUUCGCGCGAGGCCUACCACACAGGAAAUAAUUGCAGAGGCUUACGGCAGGCGCCUGCACGGUCUGGACCUCAUCAGCGUUAAGAAACUCAACGCGCUUAGCGCCAAUGCAGCCAAGCUGGAGGCCCACGUGGCAUCCCGUGCGGCAGCAAUCACACGUACGGCAGUUGCAGCCUCAGGAGACGCCUCUAGUAUCACUGGCGGCAGCGCCAUCAGCGGCGCAACAGGUGCAGGAGCAGGCAGCGCACUGGGCACCAGUCAGGCUUCGUAUAAGGAGCUGCUGCCGCUGCCACCCAUGCCACGUAUAAGUGCAUCAGGACCCAUAAGUCAAUCUUCCCCCCCGUCACCGGAGCUGCAGGCGCAGACACCGUUGAGGCCCAGCAGCGGGCAGGUGGGGCUGACCCACGGGUCACUCGGUCAGCUACCGGUGUCGUCCGUGUCUACGUCGCCUUUGUCCUUGUCCUCACCGCACCCGUACCAGCAACCGCUGGCGGGGUGUGGGGCAGUGGGGCGCCCUGAGGCUGGCGGCUGCAUCGCGGAACGGGGUGCGAAUGUGGUACGUCUGCUAGCGCUGCAAGACAAAGUCCUGUUCGGCGCCCUGCGCGCACAGGCCGCCCAGCAGCAGCAGCUUCCGCAGCCCGGCCCCGCCCCUCCGCUUACCAGUGCGGGUUCCGGCAGCGACCCAGCGGGCGGCGACGCUAACGUAGACGGCGGCGCCAGCACGGGAGGAGGUGGAGGCAGCGGGGCCAUUUCUGCGGCUGCCGCAACCGGCAGCAGCGGGGGCGGCGCAAAUGCGGCCGGCAAUUGCAGUGGCCCCGUUAGCAGCAGCGGCGGACCGACUAGCAGCAGCGGAGGCGGCCCCAAUAGCAGCAGCGGCGGUGUGAUCAGCGGCGGCGGUGGGGGCGGUCGCUUCCCCUCCCUGAGCGCCCUGCGCGAGCUGGACCUGGCCUCCCUGACGCCCGAGGAGCACCGGCGGCUGGAGAACCUGGGCAUACGGCUGGACUCCAAGGUGGCGGCGGCAACGGUGCAGCUGUUCCGCUUGACGCCACCUCGCCCGCUGGACUCCCAAGAGGGCUCCGACUCCUCCCGCAGCGUCUCCUCGGAGGAAGACCCGGAGGAAAGCGAAGCCAACGACUACGCUGUACGGGAGCACCUGCAGAGUGCCGUACGGCGAGCAAUUACUCGCAACCGGGAACACAACGCGGUGACGCAGUUCGUGGAGUCGCUGCAGGAGGGGGACGAGCUCUCACUAAUUAACCGAGCCAGGUCCUUUGCGCGCAACCCUUCCACAUCCACCCGCAAUCCCUCCAUCUCCACCCGGAACCCCUCCUUGAGUCGCUCGCUGCCCACCCUCCGCCCCGCCACCUCCGCCGCCACAUCCUUCUCCGUCCGCUCCGUGACGUCCUUCAGCACCGGAGCAGACCCCACCUCCCCCUCCACACCAAUCAGUGCUGCCGGCUCUCCCUCCGCCCCACCCGCCCCCUCCGGCCUCUCUGUCACCAUUAACCUGCCGCCUGACGCACGCCCGUCAACACCACCAUCGCCACCAGCAACAGCAUCCGCAGCCAUAACAACUACCGAGCCCAUUAGCCCUGCUGCGUCGGUUUCUCCCGGUGGUGGGGGCUGGGGAGCGGUAACCGGCAUGUUGCGGCGGGGCGGCAGCAGCAGCAUGGUCAGCCAGGGUGGCAGCAGCAUGCAGGGGACGCCGCUGGGCGCGCAGGAGACCAUUCCAGAGGAAGAUGAGCUGGACCUGUCGGUGUUCCCCACGGGUCAGAGCCACUCGGACGACCUGCUGGACGGACUGAUGAAGGCGGUGGCCAUGAUGACGCAGCAGGGGGCGGCGGGGCCGGCGGAGCGGCUCAGCAAGGUCAUACGGGAGGCAAGCCGCAGGCGGGAGGCGGCGGGGGCAGGCGCAGGGGCGGGGGCGGGGACAUGGGAAGCAGUGGUCACAGCUGCAACAACGAGCGAAGGACGAGGUGGAGGGGCAGUGGGGGCGGCAGCGGCCGGUGGAGGAGUGGCAAGAGUAUCGCUGCAAGACGCCUGGCUGGUGGAUGAUGGCGCGCUGCCGGAGGUGUUCACUGGCUCCUACGGAUCCCCCGAGCGCAUGUCGCGGCGGCUAAGAAAGAAGGCGGCGCUAGCCGUGAUGUUCAACCCGGCAGGCUUUCGUGAGGACGCGGCUGCUGCGGAGGUGGCGCUUUACCGCAAGGUUGCGGAACGGGGCCGCGUGGCACUAGCUUGUGCGGGCCAGCACCCCCAGGACGCUCUGGCGGCGGAAGCUUUACAUAAGCAGCUGUCGACCCUGCACUUUGCCCGGCCUUUCUUUGUGGCGCCCGGAGAUGCGCCCCCCAAGAAGGAGCAGCCCAAGCCUUCCCCCUCAAAUCGCGGCCUGGCGCGCCAGAACACGGUGUUUAAGCAGAGCGCCCCCGUAGAAAGUGUCUUCCUGCCGCGAGCUGCGGGCUGCGACUCGGAGGACAUGAUUGACAACAACGCAGUUCGGGAGCGGCAGGUACGGCGCGAUUGGAACCGAGUGGUGCGCAAGGACUCCUUCCGCGGCCUGGUGGCGCGAGAUGACCCAGGGGUCGCUGCAGGCACCACCGGGCUGGGCCACGCGCUGGAUGCCUGCCUGGCGGUGCUGCUGCGGCACAAGGACACCAUGCGCUCCGUCUUCCUGUACUACUGCAUGACGGCCAAUAGCAACGCCGACAGCUGCUUCGCCAUGGGUCAGCACGAGUGGCGGGCCUUUGUCUGCGACUGUGGCCUCACGGGUGUCCCGCCAGAAGCGGGAGCAGGCGGCCCGGCCGGCGCAGCCGCUGGCGCCACUGCCGGCAGCACCGCCGGCGGCACCUCCUCCAGCCCCACCCCCAACUCCACCCUAACACGCUCCCGCAUCUCCGUAGUGGGCACUGCGCUGCAGGCUACCAGCAGGCUGCGGUUAUCCAAUCCUGGCGGGGGCGGGACCUCCACCGCAUCGGCGGCGGCGUCAGCGGCGGCGCCCGCCAGCAGUCGCGGUGGCGGGAUGACACGUGCGACGCCGCGUGAGCGGGAUUCCGAGCGACAGGCAGCCUCAGGCUCGGCUACUGCUGCUGCUUCAGGGGCAGCGAGUGUAGCGUCUUCAGGGGCCGGCGGCGGCGGCCCGGCUGCAGCUGGCGGCGGUGCAGCGGGGGCGGCGGUGGGGUUGCACCAGCUGGCGGAUUCGGUGCUGUCUGUCGUACUGGCGGAGGCGGAGAAGAGAGUGCUGGAGGGCCAGGUCCACUUGGACCGGGCGCUGCUGCGGUCCGAGUGGUUCGAGGCGCUCAUCCGGCUCGCCACCGCGCGCCACGUCAAGGGGGGAGACAAGUGCGGCUCCAUCGCCGCGGCUCUGGAGCGCAUGUGGCGCAUUGACGUGCUGCCCGCCCUGCCCUCCGCCGCGCUGCACGAGCCCAACGCCUGGCGCAUAGGCCGGCUGUACGACGACCACGAUGUGAACGAGCUGCUCACCGCACAUGCGGACCUGAUCACGGUGCUGUACGACGUCCUCCGCGCGCACAACAAGAACCAGCUGGUGCACCUGUCUGACUGGAUGGGCCUCAUCAGCACCUGCGGUCUCCUAGGUGAGGCCACGGGUCUGACCUCGCACGCCGCCAAGCUGGCCUUUGCUCGCAGCCUGUGUGUGGUGGUGGACGAGGUGGGCGGCUGGAGUCGGGCGGUGUGUCUGGACCGCUGCGACCUCAUGGAGGCACUGGCGCGGCUGGCGGAGGAGAUGGCGCCGCCGAGCAGGGAGGAGGUUGCUGAGACGAUGCGCGAGGUGAUGGGGCUGUACGGCAGCAGCUUGGACGCCAUCAUGGUCCACCCCUGGCUCUGCUACUACACCGUGUUGCCCGUCCCCAUCCUCCAAACACGCCGUCACGCCGCCGCGGAGGCCGCUGCCGCCGCCAAAGCCGCCGCCGCCGCUGCCGCCACAGAAGCAGCCCGCAGCGCCCCUAACGCCACCCUAACCACCACCUCCAACACCGAUACCAGCAACCUAUCCCCCGGCACGGGUGCCGGCACCGGUACGACAUCCACAUCCACCGCCGCCGCCGCCCUCCUCAGCAGCAGCAUGCAGCGCCUGCCCUCCCGCACAUCCAUCGCAGGCCCGGGCUCCCUGCUUAGCCGCAACAGCACCACCCUCGUGCAGCGCAGCAGCGGCGCCGCGCGCACGCUUGCGAGUUCCGCCGCCGCCGCUGCCGCCGCUGCGACGGCUGCGCCGCCUCCCCCCGAGUGGUUUCCCCCGCCUCCACGGCUGUCAUCGCUGCUGGAGGCGCUGCUAGACCUGCUGUUCGGGCGCUUGCGGGAGCACUGGGAGUGCAAAGAUGAUAAGCAGCUGAUGGUGAGGCUGCAGACGCGGGCGAAGAACCUGCAGCGGACGGCGUAGGGUGUGGGAGCGGAAAGGGGUGCGAUGUACGGUGCGGCAACUUAGGGGGAGGUGGGAUGAGUCGGGAAACGUCGGGAAACGUUGGUGUUUCCUGGGUUAUGAAACUGGGUUAAUCGAACGCACAGUGCUGAGGGGGAGUUCUGUUGAGGGGGUAGGACGUCGCUGGGAUGGGGGCAUGAAGGGGAAAGGGCUUUAGAAAUCUGUGGCGAUGGUGGCGUGAGGCUGUGUUGGCGUGCGCAUCGUUAGGGUAGGACGGCUUGCAGUGAUGAAUAAACGUGGACUUGUGCACGGAGGACUUAACUGGGCAGGGAGGCACAUGCUGAAUUAGGUUGCAGCAUUUUGGGGCAGGGGGGUGGAAGGCUAGAGGGUGGAAGAGUACAGUAAUACUGCUGAAAUGGUUGUCGUAGGUGGGGUGGCUUGCUGCCGCAUACGCGGAUGCGCUGGAUCCCAAUGGAUGACGCAGCGCUGAAAGGGCAACAACCCUCACUUGCAUGAGAAAUUGAUAACCGUGUGCGUGCGUCUGCGCGCGUACCGGUAUUUCAUGCGUGCCGUUUGCAUGCCGACCCCAAUGUUGCUCCUGGUAAUCCUGUGGACGCCGUGCAAAAGGACAACGGCGUGACAACGCCUACCUCACUUGGUUUUCUCCUCGUUUGUUUAGCAGUCAUGGGUGCAGGGUAAGCAAAACCGUGCCGUUGCCCCUGCGCGAAACGUUGGGUGCGGGUUGAGGCGGCGUGCACGUGGCCCAAUACGUGGCGGAGGAACGAGGAACACAGGAGCAGCGUCGCUAUAUGUCCUGAUGACUGUUGCAUUGUUGAUGUGGUUUUCGGGGUCCAGCCAGCCGGUCUCCCAGGUAGACAGGAGUGUGCUUACUGAUGCGUAAUAUGAUGAUGGCUGAUGCCAAUCUGCUGAAGAAAGUGUGAAUAAUGGUGUGAGGUAGCUGCUUUGGAGAGGGUCAUGCCACAGCUUCCGCUUCGGAGCAGCCCUGUCCUGCUUCAUCGGAAAUCACACAGAUGCGCGUGAUACGGACCAGCACGAUUCCUGGGAAUAUGGUGAAACGUGCUUACAAGGCUUUCAUUUAAGGCGAGCCGCAUGUGUGUGGCUCCUGGACGGUUUACCCCAAUUGUGUGUACGGUAUUGGCGUAC